GGACAGAGCACUCAACAGUGACAUUGGGAAGCUCCGGACGCGGGAUGAUGUCUCUGCACCACGAUGUCAAGCCGAGCCAAGAUUUCAUUUUCGAGGUGGAGUUGCGCAAGUCGCCAAAUGCUCAUUUGGGCGUGGACUUGAUAGUGGCCAAGACUGAGUCGGAGGGGAGCUUGCUGGUCGUGGAGAAAGUCGCCUCGGGCGGCUUGAUCGAGGACUGGAACUCCCACUCUUGGGCGCCGUAUUUGGUGCAGGCAGGCGACAUGAUUGUGCGCGCAAACGGCGUCCAGGGCGAUGCCGGCGCCAUCUCCAACUUGUUGCGGACUGCGCAGGACAUCCUCCAGAUCACGAUGAUGCGAAGACGGUGGGUCUCCGGCGAGCGAAAGCUGGACUACCGGCCGUUGAGCGCGCAGGCCCAGAAGCAGCGUCAGGCUGUGCUGGAGUCCGCGGUGGGCCCCAUCGCCCGAGCGUGCGCCUUGGAGGGAGAGGCUGACAUGAGGGCCGAUGUGGGUGUGGUACAGAGAGGCCCAGGCAUGGCCAGAUCAGCUCAGGCUGGCGGCAUGGGACCGGAUGGUUUCACCUUCGAGGUGCUCCUCAUGAAGCCUUCGGGCGCCUUCUUGGGAAUCGACACGCUGCCGGCACCCGACAUGCCCUGCCUAAUUGUGAAGCAGAUUUUGAAGGGCGGUGCGGUAUCUGCUUGGAACAACCAGUGCAAAGGAAAUGCAUUCGCUGUUCAAGCAGGUGACCACAUAGUCCAGGUUAAUGGCGUUUUCAAUGAUAUCACUGCCUUGAUGGAGGAGAUGCGUGCGUGUUCCGAGCUGCGCAUCACCAUUAUGAGGAAGCCAGAUGCCCUUGCAGACAUGGCAGGUGGGAAGAAAGGAUGGGGCAGGGCUGGCAAGACUGGCGCUAACACCUCUGGUGCCAAGUCCUCAGCCAGGCCGUCCUUCAAGGCUCCAGAUCCGGUUUCGCUUCCAGGACAGUCCAGGUCCAUGGGAUACAAAGGUGUAGUAGGCAAAUCAAAUGUUUUGAGGAGAUUCCCUGACAUGGCCUUGAGCGGCUGGCGAGACGAGGCUCGGCCUCCGGGACCUCCGGGGCCUCCGGGACCUCCCGGACCUCCCGGCUCGGGCAUGGGAGAGGACGGUUUCACCUUCGAGGUUGACAUCGAGAAGCCCCGCGGGCACAAGCUCGGUGUGGAUGUCAUGAUGGUCACGGGCUACGGUGCCUGUGGUUUGCUGGUGGGUCAGGUUGCGCCUGGAGGGUAUGCCCACGGCUGGAAUCAACGCAGCCAAUGGCCUCGGCAGAUUCAGAAGGGCGACCUGAUCGUAGCUGCCAAUGGCAUCAGCGCGUGGGCGGACCUCACCAGGAUGGCACAGGAGUUCGACGUGGACGUUUGCAGAGUCUGCUUCACGGUGCGACGCUGCGAGGCUUUGCGGCAGGCGGCAGACAGGACGGCCAAUCUCAAAAGACAGGCAACCCCGGCGCAGGCAGAUAUGCAGGACUGGUGGCCGAGUGACUACGGCAAGGGCCAGCGCACCCAAUUGAACAGCGUGCCAAGUAUGGCGCCAGGCAAUUGGGUCAAGCCCCUAGCCACGUCUCCAGUUGCACAGGGCAGACUGGGAGGACAGCCCCCGGUCAGCAACGUCCAGGACUUUGCGCCGCCUCCGCCUGGCCUGAGGGUUGGGCCACAGCCCGUUGGCCUGCAGAGCCAGGACAUGCUGGACCGCGAGUCGACCGCGACGGCGAACAAGAUGCGCUUGCGGGAGACUGACGCCUGGCACGUGCAGCCUGUACCGCCGCCUCCGCCAUAUGGAGCUCCAGGUGAGCCGGAGGUGGAUCACUUUGAUGCCCAGCUUACUGCAACCGCAAUUGCUACCGCAGUGAUGGACGACGACACAGACGCAUUUGCGCAGGCAAAAAUGCCGCAGAGGCAGUCCAAGCUCCCGCCGGCCAAACUGCUUUUGUGCACUCUCCAGCUGAGUGAUGAGGACCUCACGACCGUGCUGCAGGAGGCGCUUGCAAGGCGACCCUGGUUGACAGCUCCAGUGCAGCAGGCAAUCACCGAGCAAUCCCAGCACUCGUGAGAGCUGCCUCCCAAGACCUGGGUGUUUUUCUUGCCAGAGAGUGGCAUUGGCCAGAGACUGGAAGCGGCCGGACUUUGUCCAAGCACUGACUCGCUCGUCUGAAGCAGUAGGUUCGUGCGGAGGCACAUUUAAGAGUCGGCCGUGGAACGGGCAGCAAAGCUGCCACGUCAGGAUUGAUCUGGAGGGGCAGCAA